AACAACAGGAAUAGGAAAAGACAAUCUUUCUGCACCUUUGACUGUAAAGCAUUUAUCUAGUUGGAAAGUUCGCGACGAAUUGUUUAGCCCAUCGGACGAUUACAAUGAGUUAUCCGAGCUAUUUAGAAACGGAACGGAUCCGCAACGAAGUAGAAUAUUUAAAAGGUUUCCUGGCGAGGCAUAAUGUUUCCCCAGUCAAGGUCGCCCCCGCCAUAAGAAGAGCUCCCAAGGGCCCCUCUCGUUCGUGGCGCAAUCCAGCUCUUCUGCAGCCUCCUCUGCCAGCGGUGGUUGCUCCUCCAGCACCCACGAAGAUUCUGGUGAAUCCAAACUUCCAGCAAGGAGCAAAAAUACUGGUCAAUCCAAACUUCAAGCAGCCAAAGAAAAUACUGGUCAAUCCAGCCUUUUCACAACCAACGGCCAUCCACGUCAAUCCGAAAUUGCUUUCAUUGCCGAAGAGCCCUCGAGUGCUGUACAAGAGCAAAAACAAACUCAUUUUGAAAAAACAGCCUGUUGCGGCUUCUCUUGAAAAUAAGCCUAAGAGCUCGCCCUUCAUAUUCAAGAGUAAAAACAAGCUGGUCAGGCAAACAACAGUUGUUACUAAAAAGAGUCCCGCAGACCGGAAGAAGACGAGACCAGGAAACGUUACGCUGAUUAGCGGCGAGAGAUUCGUCAGCAAUGGUGGCACGAGACUAACAAGGCUCCAAACCAUUCAGAGGCAAGCCAAGCAGAAAAGCCUCUUGAUUCUGUCCAACAAAAGGAAAUCUACCUCAUUGCCGUGCACCAUAUUCCACAAGUUGGGUCGUUGCCCCAAAGGUGACGCCUGCGAGCGUUCGCACCUGUCUCCCGUGUCUCUUUUCAAAUACAAACGACCCACCCCGAUUAAGGGAACAGCAAACAAGGUGAUUUUUCCGUCUGUUCAUUUACUUGAAGUGCUAUGCUGGAUUAAAAAAAUUCAGGUGGCUGAAGGGGCUACGAAGAAAGCAGAAACUAGGUACUACCAGACCACCGAGGAGCAGGAGUGCAAAGCCGUGCGGCCAGAGAGAAGCAAGGUUUUAGGUGAGCUGCCCUCUUUUAUUCCACUGUGAUGCACCCGGCUCUAAUCGAUCAAGCCUUGCUUUUUUAAUAAACUGAUUUUUCGAUUCAAAUCGCCUUUAGGACCUCGUAUUGAUUUUAGAUCGUUUUUUUAUUACAAUUUAAGUAGGUUUUAGUGUCUGGUGCAUCACACGUACCUUGAUUUACAAAAAUAAAAGAGACUGCGAGCUGCGAAGCAAUUGUAUUGGAAAAAAUAUUUUCAAUAAAGGAAAUUCAAUGAUA